AUGACGUACAUGAUUGUAAAAAUGCCAAAUAGGACCGAAGAACUUGAUCGUUUGCUUGACAGGAUAAUCAACUCCCCGCAAGGGACUGAGGCCUCAAAGACAUUAGAGGAAAUUGAGAAUAACCAAUCGUAUAUAUUAAAUGUACAGCUGAAGAAGUUGCUGCGACUUCAUGACGAUUCAUUUAAGAACAAAUGUGUAUCGCCCGUCAAUGAUAUGUUAGAAAAGUAUACCCCAUAUACGGAACGAACUAAAGCUCUGCAAAAGGGAGCCGAGCUUGUGGAUAGAGACCUCCGAAUCAUUGAAAUGACAUAUCAACUGAUAAAGAAGAAUCGUAAUUCAAAAUGA